GGUUCAGACGACAUGGCAGUUAAUCUGCAGUUGUUUUUAUUCCUAUUCAAAUCAAAAUAUCGCCGAAAAUGUAAUAUUCAAGAAAUUUUUAUCUGCUUAGUUAUUAUUUAUUCAUCUGUGUUAAAUGUUAUGUGUAGUGCUAAGUGCAGUGAUGUACAUUGUGUGAAUGGUGAAUGCAUAAAUGGAACUUGUGUUUGUUUUGAUGGGUGGCAAGGGCCUUCCUGUCAAUUUUGUGGAGGUAAAGUAAGACUGUCUCAGCUCUCUGGACACAUCCAUGACGGAGCAGGUAACUACUCCAUCGACGUCAAGUGCAGCUGGUUGGUGGAUGCUAAGCCAUACAAUGCUUCCAUCCGUCUGCACAUUGAGGAGUUUGCCACCGAAUGUGGUUGGGACCAUUUAUACGUAUUUGAUGGUGAUUCUGUCCAUUCCCCUCUUCUUGCUGUUUUUAGUGGACUCAUGUACAAGGACUCAUAUGCAAUUCGUAGGAUACCAGAGGUGGUGGCGCAUUCUGGCUCUGCUCUGCUGCACUUCUACAGUGAUGUUGCUUAUAACAUGACUGGCUUCAAUAUAUCCUACAGACUUAACUCGUGUCCCAGCAGCAAGUCCAGUGUGAACUGCUCGGGUCACGGGGUGUGUCUAGACGGAGUGUGUACUUGUGAUGCUAUGUGGAUGGGUGAGGCUUGUGACCAGGAGAUCUGUCCCAACAACUGUAGCUACAGCAAUGGGGUGUGCAACAGAGAGGCUCACCGCUGUGACUGUGAGGACAAGUACAAAGGAGAAGACUGCAGCCAGGUAGCAGAGUUUGGCUACUGGGAAGUGGUCCAGCCUAAAGACUUCCAACCAGACGGCUCUGCCUCUCAUACAGCCGUUGUGUGGAGAGACUCGUUGUACAUAGUUGGAGGAGAAUCUUACAACCGCUCGCAGAUGAUGUAUAUAUACGAUUUUAAUGGAAAUGUGUGGGAGACGCCACAUCUUGAAAGCCGAAACAUUCCAAGACCUCGCUAUGGUCAUUCAGCUGUGUUAUUUGGGGAUAAGAUCUACAUGUAUGGAGGAGUGAAGUUUGGAGGAGAAGUGUGUCGUGAGCUUUGGGCGUUUGAUGUCAGUGCCAAGUCAUGGGAGAACAUCACAGUGAAAGCUGAGCCCUGCCUACCCAACUCAACCAACCUGUGUGGUCCCAUGCAUUCGGCUGGUCACACAGCUACUCUAGUCACAAACAAACAAAAGAAGUCUGAGCGAAUGGUGGUUAUCUUUGGGCAUUCUCCUAUCUACGGCUACCUCAAUACUGUGCAGGAAUAUCACUUUGGUACUCGUGUGUGGAGCAUCGUACAAACUACAGGGUUCCCAGUGAAGGGAGGCUACGGACACAGUGCAGCCUGGGACUCUAUCACUCAGAGGAUAUACGUGUACGGAGGUCUCGUGUAUGACUCCAAUGCCACACCUGCUCUCUCGCAAUCACUCUACGCCUACGAACCUUUCACUCAUGUCUGGCGGAUGCUGACACCAGCCACUAGUGCCAGGUUCCUACACACGGCCAGUUUCCUCAAUGGCCUCAUGCUUGUGUUUGGUGGCAACACACACAAUGACACAGCUCACUCCCACGGUGCCAAGUGUUACUCCCAUGACUUCCUGGCGUAUGAUGUCACCUGUGACUCAUGGUCCACCCUGGCCGUUCCUGCGGAGCUGAGGGCUGAUCUGGCUAGGUUCGGACAGUCUGCUGCUGUAUUUGAGAACAGCCUCUACAUCUACGGAGGGUUCGACGGACAGAUGCUGAAUGAUAUGUUGAGGUAUACCCCUGGAGUGUGCUCAGCUCUGACCAACCCUGCCCAGUGUGUCAAGGCCACUGUGGGAGUCAAGUGUGUGUGGCACAAGGAGCACAGCCGCUGUGUGCCUCUCAGUUCUGUCCCUCCACUAAUCCUCAAUGAGUUAGACAAAUCUAUCAUCAUCAAGUGCCCAGAGGUGGGUAGAGAGUCAGUGCGCACAGGACUGUUGACCUGUCAGUCCCUGGGUGAUUGUACAUCUUGUGUGCACACCUCCCUCAUGUGUGGCUGGUGCCCUGCCUCCAACACUUGUACUCAUGAUCUGGUAUGUAAUGUUACAGCAAGUGCCCAGAGCAAGUGCCCAGAGGUGGGUAGAGAGUCAGUGCGCACAGGACUGUUGACCUGUCAGUCCCUGGGUGAUUGUACAUCUUGUGUGCACACCUCCCUCAUGUGUGGCUGGUGCCCUGCCUCCAACACUUGUACUCAUGAGGAGAGAUGCAAAGAGCACAUCCCCAAUACCCCAGGAUACACCACUGUUAGGCCGGUGACAUCGGAGCAAGAGUGUGGUGCUGUGUCCCAGGAGGCUAUAUGUAGUCAGUUACACUCCUGUCAGGCCUGUGCAGCUCAUCCUUUGUGUCACUGGCACUACGGGGGUCCUUGCAAACCUGCGACAAACCUCACCCUGGAGGACCAACAGGAACCAACAAUCUGUCCCAGUAGCUGUGCCCAGCUAACAUCAUGUCUAAACUGUACUGUAGAGGAAUGCAUCUGGUGUCAGAACGAAGAGAGAUGUGUAGACAAGACAGCGUACACUGCAAGCUUCCCCUACGGACAGUGUAGAGAAUGGACAACCCACCAGGCACGGUGCAGAGCAACUGCAGGUCGGUCGCAGUGUAACUUCUUUCGCACAUGUUUCCAAUGUAGGGAUGACCCAGAGUGUGGAUGGUGUGAUGAUGGAAGUGGUACUGGUCUAGGAGAUUGUCUACCAGGUGGUAACACUGGACCUCAUCUACCCCACUCCUGUCCCUCAGACAAGUGGUUCUUCACCUGCUGUCCUACUUGCCAGUGCAACGGACACAGCACAUGUUCAAACAACAGCAGUGUAUGUAACCAGCCUUGCGCCAAUCUCACACAAGGUCCUCACUGUGAGAGAUGUGUACCUGGCUACCAUGGCAACCCUGUCAACGGCGGCCGCUGCAUACCGUGUGAGUGCAACGAUCACGGCUCCCUCUGUGACCAUGAGACAGGCAAGUGCUACUGUACGACCAAGGGCAUUGUGGGAGAUCACUGUGAGCGCUGUGAUGCACAAAACCACUACCAUGGCGACCCUACCAACCAUGGCUCAUGUUUUUAUGAUUUGACAAUUGACUACCAGUUCACGUUCAACCUGAGCAAGAAGGACGACCGCCAUUACACACAGAUCAACUUCAAGAACAGUCCACCCAAGCCUGAUGUAGAUGCUGACUUUAGCAUCACUUGCUCUGUCAUGGCUAAGAUGAACAUCACCAUCAAAACUGCAACAAGCCCAGAGAGACCACUACUGGUUGCUGGUAACUGUUCAAACUUCCGAUCCCGUUUCACCAAAACUGACCACCACUUUGGAGUAUCUGACAAUGUGACCCUCACUACAUUCUAUGUCUACGUGUAUGACUUUCACCCACCUCUGUGGAUUCAGAUCUCCUUCUCUCAGUAUCCUAAACUCAACCUACAACAGUUUUUCAUCACAUUCUCUUCGUGCUUUUUAUUAUUGCUACUUGUGGCUGCUGUACUAUGGAAAAUAAAACAAAGAUAUGACAUGUACCGCAGGAGACAAAGAAUGUUUGUGGAGAUGGAACAGAUGGCAAGUCGCCCUUUCUCUCAAGUUCUAGUUGAAAUUGAGAAAAGGGAUGCCUCUGCUGAAAGCACCACAGUCAAUAAUACUCUUAGAAGACGUAAAAAGGACUCGCCCAGUCCCAUCGCCCUAGAGCCUUGUUGUGGUAACAGAGCAGCUGUGUUGUCACUGCUGGUGAGACUGCCUACUGGAGGGGAGAGGUACACUCCACCUGGCCAAUCAGCUGGUUUGGCGAUCGCCUCUGCUCUAGUGACUCUAGGCAAUCCUCGCAAAGUAAGCCUAGAUCCUACAACCAAGACAGACAAGUCCAAAAGUCGAAAAUCACUUUCCAGUCAACACCCAGACAGUUGCAUGUAACCUUGUAUAUACUAGUCUGUACGAUAUGUUGUACAUUUAUAAAAUAUAAUAGAGCUAGUUAGUUGGGCAGAAAGGCACUGGACACUAAAAAUGCAUUUAUUUAAACAUUUGUUUUUUAAUUUUAUUUUGACUUUUUAGAUGGUUGAGUUUUGUAAACAUGCUUGCAAAAAUGAUUCCAUUGGGAAAUAUUUAAUCGGCUUUGCAACACGUUUAAGUUGUUCUAUUGUAAAUGUUGUUGUUUAGAAAUAAAGUGAAAAAUCUUCAAUACCUGUUAUUUGUGUUGGAAUAUAAAUAUUUUUUUUCAAUAAUUUAUAAAAUCUUGCAUUUGUCUAGAAUUGAGUAUAAAUCGUUAUGUUUUUAUGCAAUCCAAUAAAUUUAAUUUGACGAUUUCUGUGGCUUGUCUGCAAGUUUAAUAUAGAAGACUUGAAUUAACAUCGACUAUUGGAUAUUAACAUAUUAGUUUUGAAACGCUAACUGUGGCUCUUUUAUCACCAUGAUUAUAAUAAUAUAUUUUAAUUGUAAAUUAACCUUACGGUAUGGAACAAAUUAUAUGUAUUGCAAUAACUCUAAUGAAUGAUCAGGUAUAAUAUAGAGAUAUAUUUAAAGUACAAGUUUUUAUCUUGUUGACUAGAUAAGCAAGUUAGCUAAUAACGUAUUUGCCUUAGAUAAAAUAUAAUUCAAAUUAGUUCUAUAACAAAUUUUAUAAAUAGCUCUAUGCUGAACCAUUGUUAUGCAUUUAAUUACUCAUUAUGUCCCUGAAUGCUCCUUGAGCAUUUACAUUUGAUAUUAACAAAUCAUUUUUUGUUAUGCUUUUAGUAAAUGUUUUCUCUAACUGUUUUAUAGAAAAGUGACCUUUUUUACAUAUAUUUUAAUAUUUUUUUGUAAAUCUAGUAAUUAUGGAUAAAUGUGUCCAGUGCUUUUCAAAACCCAAAUACAUUUUGUGCUCUUACCAAACAUCAGUGUUUAUACAUAGACACAAUGUCCGUUUCACAACAUAGUUGUUUCCUUCCCUUUGUAUAUAAAAUAAUAUUUGUAAAUAAAAGAGCAGUUAAAAGAGCAGCUCUUUAUUUGAUGGAUAUUUAAGAAUUUUAUAUUUUAGGUUGAAUCUCAAAAGUAAAAUAAUUAUUUAUUUUGUAACAUAUUUGUUUGCUUAGGUUAGAGGACUCAAUAUGUUUCUGUUGUUCAAGUUUUUUGAAAGAUGUUGACUGAAUUUCAAACUUUCUUAUCUAUUAUGUUAGAUCGUCAAAACUUAUAGGUACUAAUUGAAGAAAUUCUCAUUAAGAUAGUUUAUUUAUUUGGACUUAAGGUUAUUGUAAUUCCAUAGCAUUUAUUUAUCCAUUCUAUAUAUUUAUUAUUUUAACCAACAUGAUAGGUUUUUUUUUCAAAUUAACAUAAGCAUAAGGUGAUUGUGAAGAUAGAAGGGAUAUGCUAGGAUGUUGAGAUACUAUAAGGUUAUCAUCAAGUUCUUGUCCAUCCCUCCUAACACAAAUAACAGUAAUGUAGUUGAGUUUUACUGCCCCACCAACGCUCUACUGAUCUGUUAUCUAGAUGAGACACCAUCUGGUCACACUUGCCAAAUGUGUUACUAUAUGAAUUUAUUUAUCCUAGAUUUGUUGUACAGUAGCAGCUUGAUUAUCUGAGGUAAACGUUAGGAGAGGGAUUGCUGUUAAGUUAAGUGAUAACACGGUAAAUCAGAAUCAAGAAAAUAAUACUGUGCCAGUAAAACAAAAUGUAACCCACUAAGGAGAGACAGUUAAAGCAAGGAUUAUAUGGUCAAAUGCUUAAUAAACAAUUUCAUGAAAUGCAAAUUCUGUUAAAGAAUUAAAUUUGGGAACAUAAAAGAACAGGUAAUUUGCGCAACAUUGAUUAUAAAACUACCUAAAUCUAAAUCAAGUGCCAAGCAAACUUGUGUGGUGGCUUAUCUAUUUCACUUGUUUGUGUUAUAUUCUGUAGUCAUUUAGUUUUGCCGUGGUUCUCAUUCUCUUCUCUCCGCCCUCACAAUGUGCAGUGCCCAAUGCUCGCAGCAGGUUGUUUUGGUAAUCAUGUGUUGUAAUAGCAUCAGUACCGGAUUUCCCUGUAGGCUGACUAGCAUCAAGCUUAGUUUAACAUUAAUAAAUUCUCAACUAUUGUGGGCGAUUUUCAUGAUUUAGCUGCAAUCAUGGAUGACAAUGAUGAUGUCUCUGUGAUUGAAGGAGAUUUUAACGAAUUUGCCGCGAUCCAAGGAGCGGGUGCCACUUGGAUUAAUUUGGCCUAAGGCCGCAAGUACCCUAAAUCCAGCACUGCCAAUCUAAUGGACUGUACGUAAACAGUUAAUGAAAAACAGGGUGAUUAGGCCUAUUACUGUCUUUGGAAUUUAUAAGGUAUGAAUUUCAUUUUUUUUUACAAUUUAUUCCUUCUUAAUAACAUCUAAUAGUGAACAUAAGUUUUAUAGUAUCAACAACUUUUCUAGAAUAAUUAUUUAUUGACCAUUUCCCCCCUGGUAAAUCUACCACAUUAUUAAUCCACCCCAGAUAAUCAAGAUUCUCCUGUAGUUUCCUUGGCUAAAUCAUCUCCAAGUCAGGCAGAUUUAAAGAUCUGGCAUUUGCUAUGUUUAUUGAAAAAAAAAACAGGCUAAAACUUAUUUCCCUUCAUCUUACACCUUAUUAUUUUAAGCUACAUGACAAACAUAUAAUUUAGUCUUAAGAUGAUCAUAACUUUAACAUUGACAUUCUACUACUUGAACAUCCAAUGGGUCCAUUUUAUGUUAAGAUUUAUAACUCUUAUGCUUUGGUUAGAUAACUAUAAAACUAAUAACAUUCUCAUAAAAUAUUUUUUUGUAAAUUUUUAAUGAGGCGUUUAAUCAACAUUGUAACCAUCUUCUGUUGAAUGGCUCUUUAAGAGUUAGGAAUAGGCUGUGAAAACAAACAAAAUCAUAUGGAUGUGUUUAUUGAUGUUUUGACUUAUGUUUAAGAUGUAACCAAAGUUUUAUACUUUUUUAUGUAUGAUUGGAACGUAGUAGCUGUACGAUUCAUUGUCAUUUACUGUGUGUACAUCACUCCAAAAUGGCUUAUGUAUUGCGUUUGUAAUGUUUGUUGAAGCAAUAAAUGUUACACAUUCUCUUAUGACUGUAAUUCAUUACUUUUAAGUAAAUAUUUUUUUUACUUUUUUAUUUUUGUGUUAGUAUUAUGCUUUAUUUAGUUUAUCAUGUUUUGUGGUGGACACUUUCAGAUAGCGAGUUAUUGAAUGAUUCUACAAGUUUUUGAAGAAAGUAUUAAUAUGUAUACAAAUUAUGUUUCAUAUAAAAUUGUAUCUUUUGAUUAGAGUUGCAUAUUUGUAUCAUUCAAUAUUAUUAAUGUCCAUUUUUUAAAGCCGAAGAUUAGCUGUAGUGUAUGUGUAUUAAAAUUGUGUCAUACAUUAAUUUCAUAAAAAGCAAACUUUUAAAUUUAUAAAUAUAUUUUCGAUUAAACUAUUUAAGGCUUAACUACUGGUUUUCAUACAGUUAAUUGUAUUGAUAAGAGAGUAUGUAUUGUGUAGCAUUAUUUCAGUCUAACUAAUAAAAAAAGGAAGAAACUUAUAACCAACGCAAAAAGUAUAUGAUUUGGCUUAAAUUGAUAUGUACUAAAACAGUCAAACUUCACAUUAUUCAUCUGUAUUUUAAUGAUCAAUAAUCACUUUAGUUGUUCCUUAAAUUUUAUUCAGAAACUUUUAUUUUAAAUUUCCUGUUGUGUUUAGGUUUGACAGGAUUGCUGAGGUAUUUUUGUCUCCAGUCAUUGUUCCUCUUGGUAGGUGCUGGAAUCAACAUUCGGGUCAGUGAGGAUUUGCUCAAGUUUGUUUUUUGUGCACUGCCAUUUAGUUUGUCAUGCAACCUGUCCAUUUUUAACCUUAGUUGUAUUUUAUUUAUUUGUAUGAGAUGGUUAUAAUACGAGUAUCAGAAAAAUUGGCAAGUUAAAUUUUUCUACUGUAACUAUGUUGCAAGUUUACACUAAUUUUAUCCUAUCUAGUCCUAAAGUUGUAUUUCUAAGGUAAUCUUGUGACAUAUUAUAAAUCUUAUAAAAUAGGCGAUACAAGCAUCGCUCAUAAAGUGGUAUGUCUGGUAUAUAAAUUAUUUUUUACAACCUGUCGUUUUUGUUUCUUGAGGCAUAACAUUUAAAAUUCACAUUAGGUAUUUGUCUGUUAUGCUUUAGUAUGGUUUAUUGUAAAUAAUUUACCCCUUUUUCUUGAUUUUUUGAUUACCCAAUUAAUACUUAUCUGUUUAUUUACAAGAAAAUUUUAGAGUAACAUCGUGUCUUUUAUAUUAUAACGAUAACUUUUAUGUAUUUAUUUUUCAAAUUUUUGAUAUUAACCCUUUUACAUAAGUAAAAAAAAAAAACUUUAUUUUUUUAUAACUUUGACUUAGUUUUAAAACUGUAAUUUUACCACAAUGUUUGCUAAUUGGUUAGUAACAACUGCUUUUAUAGAUAAGAUUUAAAAAUUAAUUGUACUAUUUAUCAGUGUUUUUGUACCACAAUAUGGGUAUUGAUGUAAAACUCACAAAUAUUAAUCCUUGAUGCUUGUCUUGCCUUUCUAACUUCAAUUAAUAACAAUUAUUUGUAAUAAUGACCAUCCAUAGAGUUGUAAUCUCAUGAUGUUAUACAAAUGUGUAUAGAAUUAUUUAAAUAUAAUUAUGUAAUUUAAAACUGUUUUGUUCUAUAUUUGUUAUCUUUUUAAGGACUAAUAUAUUAUGCUUUGAACUGAGUCUCGUGUAUGAAAAGUAGCUUCAUUUAUAAAUAGUUAUUUUGUAUUGAAAA